AUAAAUGAAAUUUCCUAGGUUACUAAAACGGCAAAAACCUUAAAAAGUGCAUAAUAUGUGAAAUUAGUUGAAGACGCGGAAGUAAAUAAAUCGUAGUUAGAAAAGAAACAUUAAAACGCUUGAAAAGUCAAGACUUGAGCAAUAACAUAUCUUGGAAAUUCCAUCAACAGUGAUGACUCGUGUUCACAACAUCAAAUCGACGCUAUGAAUAGUUGGGUGGCAAUUUGACAGCUUACAAAAGCUGAAUGCAGAGCUUUUGUAUUCACAAUAAAUAAUACGUAUUUUAGAUAUCAUAUUUAAUAAUAAAAUAAAGCGCAAGAACACUUCUAUUCGCUUCAUCGAUUCGACGUUUUCUGUGGCAACAUGACUAAGGAACGCGAGGCUCAUAACAUCGUCACAAACGCUCAAUAUUUGUACCCUACGAAUGCAAUCUCAACACAUAUAAACUAACACAUGUAUAUAGUUGUAAAUUGAGGUUUAAAACACAACAUACAGACAAACAAUAUAAGGAAUAUAUAAGGAAUAAAGUUUUCCAUAUCAAAUUACUCACAAUUGACAUAAAAUAUAUGUAUGAACUCUGAUGUAAAAAAAUUGCCCUCGUAUGAUAAAACAAUAAUGGUUCUGCAGGAUAUAUAUGUACGAUAAAUGGUUCUGCAGGAUAUACAUGUACAAUAAAUGGUUCUGCAGGAUAUAUACGAUUGAUAAAUAAGAACUAAAAUUGCUUAGGUUGCAAAAAAACUCAGCAAAAAUCAUAUAUAGUGCGCGUAUCAUGUGAAAAUUUUGUUUGAAGACGGAUACAUUAGAAGAAACAUUUAAACGUGUGACAAGUCAAAACUUGAGGAAGUUCAACAACAGAAAAUAUAAUCUGAAGUUGUAACUUUGACCGAGGAGAGAACCUAACAAAAGAACGCUCGACACAUAAGGAUGGAUCCUGAAGGGCAAACAAAUGAUAAAUCCAUUCAGCACAUUCAGCAUUACCUUGAAAUUUGUCACAAUGCAACACUGAAAAGUUAUUCAAAAGAUGGCUUCAUUGGUGGAAGAGAAAUACUCAAAAGAGAAGCAAGAAAUAUUGAAGACGUCCUUUCGACCUGUACCACUAGGAAUAACCAAGUUUCAAAAAUAUUGAUGACAAGCGAUUUAUUUCAAUCGUCAUGCAGAUUCUUUUUCAAUACGGCUAACGAUGGCGUCAUUUCUGAAGAGAUACUGAUCAAAUUUGUACAAACUUGCUCCAAGUUAGCAGAGAAGCACGGGAAAAUAAGAAAAAAGAUUGAUUUUGAUUGCAUUCUGGUUGAUCAUGAAGGUAGAAAAUCAUGGCUGUCCGAUGGCUAUUUCGAAAAAAUGGAGAAAGUCAUCGAUGAGUACGAUAGAAGUGAAUUUCCAGAUGACGAACCAUUACUGAAAGCACAUUUCAAAUACCAGUUGGGUCGAUACUAUUUCAACAAAUCAAAAGACGAAAAUGAGCAACCCAACAGACAGCGAGAAUAUUUUGAAAAAGCUGCUAAUAAUAUCGAAGAAUCGCGUAACUUAAGGAAACAAAACAUGGAAAGAGAGAACUCGUCCCCUUUGACGAAAGUUGACGUGAUUUUGUCGCUUCUCAUGCUUGGUCAUUUAAGAAAAUAUCAGAGCACACAACGUCACCAAGUAGAAAGUUUCAAUGAACUGAUGGCUAUGGCGAAAGAUUGCUGUGGAAAAGCUACAGCUUUAGUGGACGAGCUCCUUGGAAAACAUCCCCUUAAAGUAGAUUGUCAUAAAGUCUUGGGUGAUUUGCUGUUAGAAAUGAAACAAAUUAAGGCUGCAAGGAAAAAUUAUGAAAUUGCUUUGAAUGUUUUUGAAGAGUUAAAGCUAACUCCAAACAUAGGAAAGGUAUACUUGCUCAAAAACUAUGCCACAUCUUUGACGAAGUUGCAGAAGUAUGAAAGAGGGAAAGAAAUGUUCCAGCGAGCGAAAGAUUACUAUAAAAAAGCUAUAGCUUUAGUAGACGAGUUUCUUGGAAAACAUUCCCUUAAAGUAGAUUGUCAUAAAGUCUUGGGUGAUUUGCUGUUAGAAAUGAAAGAAAACGAGUCUGCAAGGGAAAAUUAUGAAAUUGCUUUGAAUGUUUUUGAAGAGUUAGAGCUAACAAAAGGAAAAAAGGUGAACUUGCUCAAAAACUAUGCUACAUCUUUGAUGAAGUUGCAGGAAUAUGAUAGAGGGGAAGAAAUGAUCCAGAAAGCUAUAGCUUUAGUAGACGAGUUUCUUGGAAAACAUUCCCUUAAAGUAGAUUGUCAUGAAGUCUUGGGUGAUUUGCUGUUAGAAAUGAAAGAAAACGAGUCUGCAAGGGAAAAUUAUAAAAUUGCUUUGAAUGUUUUUGAAGAGUUAGAGCUACCUCCAAACAAAGGAAAGGUAUACUUGCUCAAAAAGUAUGCCACAACUUUGAUGAAGUUGCAGAAAUAUGAAAGAGGGAACGAAAUGUUCCAGAGAGCGUCCGAAAUUAAUACAGAAUAUGAAUUAGGUUUGGAAGACAUGAUCGAGACAACUCGACAACAAUAUAACUAGAAAAAGGAACCAACGACAUUAAAUCACAAUCGCAACAUACUUCAAUAAAUUAAAAUGAUUUCGUAUCAUUUUGUUAAUAAAAGAAAAACUACAAUCAUAAAUAUACCAAUAUAGUGGUCAUGAAGUGCACAAAUCUUAGCGUCUUAUGUUAAAAAGUAUAAAUAAUAGUUAAAAACUAUUCACAUAUACAUCACGUGAUUGUAAAAAUCGAUAAUAAUUCACUAUUCGUGCGGUUGUGGAAAUAUCGUACCUCAAAAAGAAAUUCAAAUACAUAUAUCACUCGUUAAGUAAAUAUGCAAUUAAUAAAGAUAUUUUUUUGAAUGAUUUUGUUUACCUCUUGUAAAAUGUAUAAUUAAUAUUCCACGAGUUAAUAUUAUUUUAUUAAAGUUGGGCAGCUUAUUAGAAUUUCAGUAUCA